AUGAGCACUCUAAAAUCGCAAUAUGAACAAAUUGUUAGCAAAAGUAUUUGCCUCAUGGAUGGUGGUCUAGCAUUGAUGAUGCAAAUUGCUCGUUCCCAGGUAGCUGCGGCAGUGGCCAUCCAUAGCAGAUUUGAGAAAAAUGCCCAGCAACGUGCCAUCUCAUCCCUCGAAUACAUUAACAUUGUCCUCCUCGGUGAGGAUGAAGAAAUCGGUGAUAUAUGCGAACGCGUACGCCGUAUUCAUGACGGGGUACAAGGGGCCGAAGGAGACGAGUCAUACAGCACAUCUGAUUCGGAAUUGCAAAAUUGGGUGGCAGGGACAAUCUACUGGGGAUGA